AUGGAUAUCAAAAAUGAAUUAUAUUACGAAGAUACUCACAGCAACGACAAUGCUUACGAUCACAUUUUAGUUUUGAUUCAUGGAAAUCUAAUAACUUGUAAAUAUUGGAAAAGAUUGAUACAAUAAAUUCAAUAGGUCAAUUCCAAGAUCCGUUGUAUAAGUAUGGAUUUAAGAGGAUUUGGAAGAUCCCAAAGUAAUUAAAAUGUAGAUCAAAUUACUGACUUAUCUAACGAUGUGGAUAUUUUAUUGAAAUCCUUAUUAUCAGAUAAGAAUGAUGAGUACUAUCAAGAGCAUGUUUUUUUGGCAGGAUGGUCUUUAGGUGGAAUUGUAGGUAUGCAAUUGGCAGUGGAUUAUCCUAACAAAUAUUAAAAACUCAUAUUGAUAGCAUCAGGAAGUGUAUGUGGUUAUGCAUUAAUGAGAGAAGAUGAAGAGGGACAGGUCAGAUGUCAAACAAAAUAGUAAGUAAAAGAACAUCCCAAAGUAGCAUUACAACAACAAAAAUUGUCUGAUAAGGACAGAGAAUUCAUGAAGAUGUUCUUUGAUAAGGUAUUAUUCAACAGUGGCAAAUAUCCAGAAGAACAAGAAUAUAAAUAAUUAUUGGAUGAAACAUUUUUACAAACCUAAUAUACUAAUGUUUGUUGGGCCUUAAACCAGUUCGACAUUUCUUCUGGAGGUGCAAACAAGGCUUCUCAGAUCAAGGGACCUGUGUUGAUUUAUCAUGGAGAAUUGGAUAUAGUGAUACCUAAGGUUUUCGCAGAAGGUAAUGCUAAAGAGAUUGGAGAAGAAAAAUGCACACUCAUCAUAAGACCAGGUGUUGGUCAUAUGCCACCAAUUGAAGAUGUCGUAAAUUUGGCUCUUGAAAUUAGUCGUUUUAUAAAUUGA